AUCCAUACUCCUGCAUUCCUCCUGCAUCUUUCUGCACUUCUCUUCCACAACCUUUACCUGACCAUUUAAUUUACUAGGUACUAAAUCAAAACAGUUGGCGGCUUUUUAUAGUCGUUACGUACCUAUUAACACUCCUCGGUAUAUCUCACAAUAAGCACAUGGUUGUACGAUUGUCACCAUCGCUUCUGUAAAGGCAGAAACAGAAACAGAUACGAGUUUCUUCGUCGAAAUCUACAGUCAUCCCAUUUUCCGAAUCCGAACUUGGAUCUUUUCGGGGUCCGUGAGGGGCAUAGACCUAAGAGAUAUUAAACGCCCAAACGCUCUAACCUCUAACAAUUCAACACCCUAACACUUUAACGCCCCGACCAACAUCCAAGUAAAUCCAUUCCAAUACGUAGGCGCCUUGCUGGUGGACAUGCAAAUCGCCUUCCUAUCUCCAAUCCGCUCCAGCUUCAGACUACUCUAAAAGCAUCCUGCAUAGUGUGCGAGUCACCAUUUCUCGAUCUCGAAUCCUAGACAUUCCCCGAGUACCUGCAGGAUUGCCAAUCGCCCAACAUGACCGACGCAUUCGCCCCGCGCUCGAUGAAGCGCAAGAAUGUCAAGGGCCUAGCUCUGACUCCCGCCGCCCCGAAGCAAUCGCCGGCCUCUAACAACAAUGAUCAACAAGCUGGUUGGGGUUUUGGUGGAUCGAGAGCUGAGGAAGCGGGCCAAGAUGCUCAGCUUGAGAUCGGAAUAGAGUUCAACCUAGACCUUCGACAGGAAGAUAUUGAGAUCGUAAAAGAACUUGGUUCGGGAAAUGGAGGUACAGUCAGUAAGGUGAAGCACUUACCAACCGGAACUACGAUGGCUAGAAAGGUCAUUCACGUCGAGGCCAAGAAAGAGUUGCGAAAGCGAAUUGUGCGCGAACUCCAGAUUAUGCACGGCUGUCACUCCGACUACAUCGUCACCUUCUACGGCGCGUUCCUAAAUGAUCAUAAUGAUGUAAUAAUGUGUAUGGAGUAUAUGGACGUUGGAUCUCUCGAUAGGGUCUCGCGCCAUUUCGGUCCGAUCCGUGUUGACGUGCUUGGCAAGAUCGCGGAAGCCACAUUAGGAGGUUUAACCUAUCUAUACUCGAAGCUACACAUCAUGCAUCGAGACAUCAAACCCUCUAAUAUCCUUGUAAACUCCAGGGGACAUAUUAAGCUCUGCGACUUUGGCGUUUCAGGAGAGCUCGUCAACUCCAUCGCCGACACCUUCGUUGGCACCUCUACGUAUAUGGCCCCCGAAAGGAUCCAAGGUGAGAAAUAUACUGUUAAGUCCGAUGUGUGGAGUUUUGGUCUCAGCAUAAUGGAGCUUGCUAUUGGCAAGUUUCCUUUUGCGAGCGAGCAGCUAUCGGAUGGCGACGGCGCGCCUGCCGGUAUCUUGGACCUUCUUCAACAGAUCGUGCAUGAGCCAGCCCCGAGACUUCCAAAAAGUGAUGCUUUCCCGUCGAUCCUGGAAGACAUGGUCCAGAAAUGCCUGUCAAAAAAUCCUGAAGAGCGCCCGACGCCCCAGGAACUCUGGGAUCGAGAUCCAUUUGUACAGGCUGCAAAACGGACACCUGUAGAUUUAAGGGACUGGGCCGUAGGGCUUAUGGAGAAAGACAAUCGCAAGUCACAUUUAGUCCCCCAACUUUCACCGGCUACUCGGGACCUCUUACGGUCCAGCGAGUCCCCCACCUAUCAGAAUGACCACAAUCCCGCCUACACCCCAACGUCUGGCGAGAUCCCAAUCGCGGGCGCUAUUGCUUCACCAAGAGAACCAGGCCACGCGCAAAACCGGUCGCCUACAAGGAACGGCGUAGGAAGCCUAGGCCGGGCAGCCGGCUCCAUCGUACAUCCAGGACUUGGCCAACGAGCAGCAACAUCCGGGUCGAUUCCUAAGAUCACGACUGCGGACCUCUCUCAGCCGGCCAGUGCUACUUUAGGAACAUCAUUCACUCUACCCGUUAGACCCGCACCCCCCGGCGGUCCGCUACCACCCCCUCCCCCAAGAAAGGAGACGCCCGAUGAGCAGCGGGGAGGAGGUAGGCGACAAGCGACGUUUGGUCCCCCGUCAAAUGGCGCAUACGGAAAUGCAGGAUAUCCAUCACGAUAAAUAGGUACUAUAUAUCACACCGAUCACAACGGCCAUUUUGUCACCGUAUAAGCUACGGCAAGUUCGUCUAAUUUUGAGCAUCUUGGUUCUAGUUAUACUAGCGAAUGUCAACUAUUAGCGCCUGCGCCGCCUAGCGCAACGUCACGCCGAACUUUUUUGCCCCAGAUAUAUUACAGCCUUGCAUCUCCCCCACGUCCCACGGCGGCAAUGCCUUUGGUAGAGAGAACAUGUCAGACACGUUUUUUUGGUGGGGAAGAGGACAGAUGGGAACCGAAAAGAGCGAUCUUGAGUUUAGAGGAGAGAAUUACAACCGUUAUAUACUACUCGUAGUUGGCGAUCUGUGGUCAUCUUCGUCGGACUAGGUACAAAUGUGACAAGAAUCCGCAUGAGAAUCUGAGAUCAU